AUGAGGAUGCGACCGAGAGAGAAUCUGUCCUACCCGAACCAGGACAAGAGGCUUCGGAUGAAGAAAGGGAUGCCACUGCGCCAAGAGAAAUCAAGAUAUGGAGCUCCAGGUUUUCCGGCGCUACAUCUGAUCGUACCCUCGUUCGGUAAAGAAGGCACGCGGCCACCAAGAGCCGACGCUAAAGGGAAAGAACGCACGGAGGACUGUCUGUCGGCGGACGCAUCAGGGGAUGCGUAUAACGCCGUGCACAUGGAUUCGACCACGAGUCCAGUGCCCUCAGCCAGCCCUCCCAACGGAAAGGAGUCUUAA